AUGACCGAAUCCCAAUUCAAAGUCAAAGUUAUUCCCACGAAAGAAGAGUAUGCACGACUCGUCGACGUGCUGUGGUCUGCCAAUUUUAAUCCCUACAAUCCCAUCUGCACAACCGUCCAUCUGAUCACCGGGCACACACCCUCAGACCGCGCCCGCGACAAAGCCCUCGACACCAAAAUCUGGUGGAACGCAAGCGCAAACAAUCCCUACUCGCACCUAAUCUACGUCCUCGACAAAGAAACCAGCCACGUCGCUGGCGGCUGCGAAUGUUUCAUCUUCUGCGAAAACCCAUUCCCCAACGGCCCCCAGCCCAUAAAAUGCACCUGGUACCCCGACGGCAGCAAAAGAAAAGAGUACGCAGAGUGCAUGCUUUCGCAGGCUUCCUUCCUGCGCCAGUCCUGGUUCCAGCGGCCUCAUGCCGGCGUUAAUGCCAUGGGCGUUCAUCCGGAGCUUAGGCGCCGAGGUUUCGGGAGGCUUCUGGAGGGGGGACAUGCGAGAAUUGAUCCGUUGGGGUAUGAGAGUUUUAUUGAGCGGAGUCCAGCUGACGGUGGCUUUAUGAGAAGUAUGGGUAUCGGAGAGCUAUGGGGUUCCGCCUGGGAUUUUGUUGCUUUGGAGGCCGCCUAG